CUUGCCUUACACCCCCUGUCAGUUCAAGCUAGCUGUCAGGUGGGAGCCGUCUGAAUUGUUUGGCCCUUCAAGUAUCAUUUAAAGUGUGCAAUAUUGUGUUCAUAUCUUUACUCGAACAAAAAAAAUGUAACUUGACUGAAAGAGCAACCGCUGUUGCUGGUUUAACGUCAAGUCAGUGCGAGCUGGAAGCUCACAAGCUAGCCAGUCAGCUAGCUAGCUAGCCAACGUUACGCAGCUGUCAGUCAGCGAAGCUAAGUUGCUAACAAGCUAGCGGCUCGGGCUGCACCACCACUGUUGUGACGCUUACAGCCAGAAGCAGUCCUCUACCGGACACGUAAGAUCAGAAUAUUUUCUAAAAUGGACAAAGACGAAGCCGACCGGUUGAUAGAAAAGGCGAAGCUGUUGUUACGGUCAGGACGCAAGGACCGAGCGCUACAGCUGCUCUACGAAGCCCAGAAUAUCUAUCCCAGCACCCGGGCCAGAGUGCUGAUUGAUGCCAUAGUUAAAAAUGGAAGCAACGCUGCUCCGGAAGCAAACCACGUACCCCCACCAAAAGGCUGGAGAGACGAGGACUGUGGAAACACUGAGAAAAGUCACGUGAGUGGUGAUGACAAGAAGAGCUACACAGAAGAGCAGCGGCAGGGUGUUCUCAGGAUUAAGAAUUGCAAGGACUUUUAUGAGAUCCUUGGUGUUCCCAAGAAUUCCAGUGAUGAGGAUCUGAAGAAGGCAUACAGAAAGUUGGCGCUCAAGUUUCACCCUGACAAGAACUUUGCACCAGGAGCCACAGAUGCAUUCAAAGCAAUAGGCAACGCAUACGCAGUGCUGAGCAAUCCAGAGAAGAGGCAGCAGUAUGAUCAGUAUGGAGAUCAAUCGGCAGCAGAGAGCGCAUCACAACACACCACCCACCAUCGCCAUGGACACUACCGAAGCUUCCACAGAGACUUUGAGGCUGAUAUUUCCCCUGAGGAGCUCUUCAACAUUUUCUUUGGAGGACGCUUCCCCACAGGAAACAUUCACGUCUAUACCAACCAGGGAGCCUCCUACUCUCAGUUCUACCAGCCUCGUCGACGACGCGCUUAUGAGAGACGCGAGGAGGUGGUGGAGGAUAACCAGAGUCAAAACACCUUCACGGCUCUGCUGCAGCUGCUCCCUGUCCUUGUGCUGAUCCUCAUCUCGGUGUUCACUCAGAUGAUGGCCACCAACCCGCCCUACAGCCUUUUCUACAAGCCGUCCAUGGGGCUGGUGGUCUCCCGGGAAACGCAACACAUGGGUGUCCCGUACUACGUGGAUAAAAGUUUUGAAAAGGAGUACCGUGGCGCUGCUCUGGAUGAGCUUGAGAAGACGAUAGAGAGUGACUACAUUGAACACUUGCAGAGCAGCUGCUGGAAGGAAAAGCAGCAGAAGUCAGACCUGGCCAACCUUGGGCAGCUGUACCGAGACGAGCGUCUAAAGCAGAAAGCAGAGUCCAUGCGGCUGGACAACUGUGAAAAGCUGCAUAGACUGGUGGGACGUCAGAGAGGCAGCAAGUGAGGAUGGUCUGCUGAAGAGGACACUUUCUUUCUGUGUGCAGUCACAAUCCGGUACAUUAUUCUAACAUUUAUUAUUUGAGGUCAUUUCUCUACUCGAGCCACACUGGAAGGAAUCAGGUGCAGCAGAGUUGGAAACAAUGUGCCUUCUCUCCUCCGGGAUGGUAGGAUAUCAAAGUUGCAUGUCAGCUGCUUUGGUGGUCACAGCACUGUCAGUGUUGUACUAAGGCUCCACUCCUGUUCUACUUUAAAAAAACAAGAACAUAUAUACUGUAUAAAUGGUCUCCGUAUGAGGUCACGGUAUUAAGCUAUGUUUGUGUCCACACAUUUUAUUUGUCUAUUUAUUUUCUUGACUGUUUAGUAUCCUUGCCAAACAUGAGUAUUUAAUUAAUCACUACAGAGACGUUAAUAAUGAUUCUUUGAAAUCACAGUGCUUCUGUACUGUGAAGUGAUGGAGCACCUUUUAAUUUAUUAUAUAUUUAUCAGAAAAUAGGAAGGACUGAUAUUUACACCGUGCUUGAUCACAUGCACAUGUCACAAUGGAGAUCUUCCAUUGCUGCUUCCGUAUUGGACGUUUGGAAGCAACAGAUGAGACUUUCGCUGUCAACUCAGGCUGAUGGUUUGUAUUUUUCUGAACCAUAACACAACUGAAUUAACGAUCUGGGAUUCAUGUUACAGUGGAUAAAUACUGCUACCUUUAGUUGUUGUCAAACUUCAUCUCAAGCACUUUUAUUAUCAUUUAACGACACAGGAUUUAACAUUUUGUUCCUGUUGCAUGCACCCUAGUAAAGAGUGUUUUUAUGACAUACCUAUUUUAGCAAGAAGUUUUAAAUCAAUGAAACACACUGGUUUACCUCCACAGAAGAGGUAAGAUAAGGACAUUUGUCAGUCAGAAAAUUAAAAAAGGUAUGUGGGUUGUUUUAUUUGUGUUUCUUUGGGUCAUCUGAAUGAAUGAGACAAUCGUGUCCACCAGGGUCACUACCGUAUGUAACUGUAUGUCGAAAUUGAAAUUCUUUAGCUGGCAAUAGUUUGAUAUUAUAGCACCUAAUGACAAGCCUGAAACACGUGACUACAAGCCAAAUAUGAGUUUAUUGUUUAAAAGUAAAGAUUUCAUUAUUGUCACAACCACAAACCACAGUUAACAGAGUGAGAAGGUAUCCACAAUACUGUUCCACUUAAAACACAGUUAGGUGGGGUCAAAACAACCACAAAAUAUACAUCAUUUAAAAUUAUUUCAAGAUUGUUAAAAUUAGGAAACAAAAAUAUUUGAUCUUCCACUCUGAGCAAGAUUUUUUUUUAAACUCAGACUACCAAAAGGUUAAGGAAAUCAAACUCUUUGGCGCCUGGUUUCACACAUCAUUGUCAUGACAGUAGUGCAUUUAUCACAGCCCACCACUCUACAUGUGGCCUUUCCUGGUUUAGGAUUAAUUGACUUUGAGGCUUGGAGACACUUUUUAUGUUCAUUUCUACAACCUGAUGUAUUUGCCUGUUAGAAGGCUAUGAGUGAUGAGCAGCUAUCGCAAGCUUAUGACCUACUCUUCUGGAAUCCCCUUUUGUAAUCUGGGAUUACGUGUAAUCCAUUUCUGCAAGAUAGGAGCUUCCC